AUGACCUCGCGGGAGUCGUUUGCCCUCCACCGCGCCCCGCUGUGGGCCGAGGUGUAUGUCCGCGGGAGCGAGCUCGUCAAUCUGGACACGUUUUCGCUCUCGGAUCCUGUGGCGUACAUGUACAUGGCAUCAUCCACCACAGGCAAGUGGGUCGAGGUGGGACGGACAGAGGAAGUGCGUGAUGAUCUCAAUCCGACCUGGCGCACUACCUUUCUGGUGCCCGUCAAGCCCAACAUGGAGGCCAAGUUUGUGGUGUGGGACAUCGACAAGCAGACCGACAAUCUAGAGGAUCAGGAUCUCAUCGGAGAGAUCAACAUCAAUCUUCGCCCACUCGUUGUCCGGGACCAGCCGUGUAGCUACACAGGCGAGCUCAUCUGUGACGACAAGCCCGGUAGGUUCAAUGGCUACUUUUCCGUCACUGUCGUCGCCAUCCAGUCACCCGAGGCGAGCAAGGCCGUCUCCAAGUUUGUGCGCGCCCGCAAGCUGACCGGCGAGGAUGCCGAUUCCCAGGUCCUCUCCUCCUUUGACUGGUUCAAGGUCAUCCGUAAGUUCCACCUCUCGGUUCUCGGGCCCAUUCCGUCGUCGGCAAAGUCGGUCAAGUCGUUCUCCGGCCAUGCCUUUGUGAGGUGGCUCGUAAGGCACGUCAUUGCUACCGGCCGCGUCCGCAACAAGGCCAAGGCCAUGGCCCAGUUUCUUCUUGAUGUCAACAUCAUUGACAACACCCACAUCAAGGUCUUCUCCUCAUCUAAGGAAUCGUACUACGUGUUUAACCCCUACUUUCUGCGCACCUCGUUCAAGGCCUCGGUCAUGCAGCCGCGGUACAAGCUCAACGCCGACGUCUACCGCUCGUUUGCCUACAACACUGAGACGCCUAUCUUUGUCGACGAGCUCGACGCCCAGGCUCUCCUUCCCUCGCACCUCAAAGACUCGCCGUCGAUCCGCUUCGGUGUCCUAGAGCCCGACGCUGCCUUUCCACCGGUCAUGGCCGGCACCCUCAAGGCGCUCGUCACCCGCAUGACCCACCCGCAGUCACCGGACGACGAGCUCGUCAACAUUGUUCUCUACACUUAUCCGCGUUUUCCACCGCCUCACAAGUCGUGA